ACAUGAUGUCAAUCUUCCGCCGCUGAGGCUGAGGAGCAACUCAGAGUCAGACGUUGGACCAAAACAAAACCAUCCCGUGCAUGCUCCUCCUUCCCUCCUUCGUUCUGACCUGUGUGUGUGACUCUUGCAAAGCCAUACGAAAUGUCAGUUACUUUCGGAAUAUAUAUUGGAUGCAGUUCGUGUUGCAUCGCAGUUAAUAAAGAUGGAAGGUUUGAAGUAGUAGCUAAUACCUCGGGUGACAGAGUGACACCUGCCGUUGUUGCCUACCAUGAUGCAGAAGUUGUGACAGGUCCAGCUGCUAAACAGGGUAUAAUUCGUCAUGCUGCAAACACAAUACAGCAUGUAUUGCGAGUAGCAGGUACAAAUGAAGAUGAGGGAUUAAAUAUGUCUAGUAUUACAUGUAAACCAAGUUGGGAAAGCGGCCAGCCACGUUAUUCAGUAGCUAAAGGAGAAAAAUCAAUCAACGUAUCUGCAGAUGAUGUCCUCUUGAACAUUUUUGUGCUUUUGAAAGAAAUAGCCAGUUCACACACUAGCGAACCAGAGUUGCCUCUAGUGAUAAGUAUUCCUGCCUGGAGUAGUGAAGGAACCAUUGCAUCUGUAAAGGCUGCAGCCAAGAUGGCCUCAUUUACAGUUUUGUCUGUAGUUACUCAGCCUGUUGCAGCAGUGCUUGCCUAUGGAUUAUUGGAUGACAAUAAGAGUAACAUGCAAGUUGUUGUGCUUCAUGGAGGAGGUACAACAGUUGUUGGGUCCUUAGUAGAGGUAGCUGGUGGAAUGUUAACUCUAAGAGAAUCAAUUUCAUCGUCAACAGUUGCUGGAGACACACUCACAGAACUCCUUGUCAAACAUUUUGCUAAGGAGUUUUACACAAAGUACAAAGGAGACCCCUUAGAGAACAGACGUUCAAAAAGAAAACUUUACAAUGCUGCUGAGAAUAGUAAACAUGUCCUUUCUACAAUGGGGACAGCUCAGGUUAUACUGACAGGUGGAUCUGCCAAAAUUCCUCGUUUGCAACAAUUAGUGAGAGAUGCUUUUCCAGCAGCAGAAUUCUUGUGUUCACUCCCUCCAGAUGAAGUUUUGUCUGCCGGUGCAUCUGUAGAGGCUGCAAUGCUGUUAGGUCGCACCAGUCAGUCUCCUGUUUUGUCUUCAAUGGUGCCAGCUCUAGCAGUCACAGUUAAUUGCAUGAUUUUAAACACGGACAGUAAUGAAUGUGUCUUCAGUAGAGGCACCCCUACUCACUCACGUCACAGUAUAAAUUUACCUCUUCCUAGUUCAACUUCAUCAGAGUGUUCAGUGAUUAUAUAUGAAGGGGAAAGAUGCUCACAGAAUCCUGAGGAAGAAUGUAUUCUUGUCAAGGUUGAUUUGACAAGUCUCAUGCCAGAAUCAAAAUUGUUGAAGCUAGAUUUUCAUUUAAAAAGUGAUGGCAGUCUCCAUGUGAACUUAUCAGAACCGGUGGCCAAGAUCAAUAGGAUGUUCAUCAUAGAAGGCGGAAGAAGUUGAGGCUGGUAGUAAUUAGCUUAUAAUUGUUUUAAAAUUUAGCAAUAAAUCAUAAUAAAAGAUUUAAUGUUAGAAGAGAA